AGUCCGAUCACCAGGCCUCCACGUCGUCGGCAUCAUCAUCCGCCACGACCUCCCCCACCUCCCUCUCAAGCGACUUGAGCGAGAGCGACGCCCGGAAGCCCCCUUCCACUGAGUCUUCGGACAUGGGCAAGUGGGGUGUUCGUCCUAAGCGCCGAUGCACGACCAAGCCCCCCGUUCCCAAGCCACCACGCAAGCCCGUGACCCGCAAGGCUCCCGCGCGCAAGCCAGCGACUCAUCGUUCCCAGGCGCCAGCUCCGGCCCCUUCUCCCCCCCCUUCGCGCCCGCAACCUGCACGCCAACCCUCCGCGCGCACUGUCGGGAAGAAGUGCAAGCGCUUGCAGCGCGACGACGACGACGACGACGACGACGGGGACGACGAUGACGAGUACGUACCCGCUGGUGCACCCCGCACAACGAAAGGGACUCGUCGUCCCAGGAAGCGCGCCGCCGGAUCGAGAUCGCACUUGACCGGCUCGUCCGCGGAUGACGACUCCGACAUGGACGAGGAGGAGGAGCUAUGAGGUUGGCGUCGUGGGUGUCAAGGAG